GCUUCAGAGAAAGGAGGAGGGGAAAACCCAAGCAUCGGCUUUGCUCACAGGCUGGCCUUCGAUGACAUUUUGGUAAUCUCAGUUAAAUAUUUAACAACAGUUUCAACAUUUUACCUUCCUUUGGCAAGAAGAGGGACUGCUCACACACAACAAUGGCCAGCUACAAUGUGGACUCAAGCCCCGUCAAAUUAUCGAACCUGCAGUCUCAGGUGAAUGAUGUAAAGGGGAUCAUGACACAUAAUAUUGAAAAGGUUCUGGACAGAGGAGAGAGGCUGGAUGACCUCAUUAUCAAAACAGAUGAUCUCCAAGCCACAGCUGAUUCGUUUCAGAAAACAUCCACAAAAAUUGCAAGGAAGAUGUGGUGGAAAAACACAAAAAUGAUUAUUAUCAUUGUAGUGAUUGUGGUUGUGAUCAUCAUCCUUAUCAUUCUCUUUGCUACUGGUGUCAUCCCAACGUAGGUCCCACUACUACCUCCCACUGAUGGACUCAAACAAUUUCACCUUUGUGUAUAUAAUGUGAUUAUUCCAUCUAGAAACUAUAAGGAAGCUUUGUAAUCUGAUGUAUGUAAAAUAAAUUGUAGAAAAUGGAUAAUAA